GCUGCAUUCGCGAACACGCAUCGACCCUACGACUACGAGUAGCGAGAGAGGAUUGAUGGCGGCGCAGCUGCGGUACAUGAUGAGCCAUUAUUUUGGUACCCCACCUAGCAAGGAGGUGAUCCAAGAUCUGUACUACGCCUUGAGGACAAAGGGAGGUUUGACCCCCAAGGAGGAGGAGACGCUCCUGGCUUGCAAUUUACUUCCUGGUGUUUAUUUCAUCGUGGGUUCAGUACUGGGCACUUUCGCGAUGUUGUUGGGUUCCCACAAAGGACUCAAAUUGCUUGGGCGUCCACCUAAUUCUCCAUUAAGAUCUUUGACUGUUUAUGGCUACGGUUUUAUUGUCGGAAAGGCCUGUGCUAAUGAAACCUGGCAUCAAUUGCCUGAACUGCUUUUAGACAGGGAAGAAGGACGCAUGAAGACAGAGCUAGCUAAAAUAAUACUCAAUAAGCAUAGUGAUGACAUAUACCUGGUUGAAGUUGUGAGAAGACACUUUUUUGUCGAGCAUCUGUUCGAUGAUCUGCAUCAAGGUCAACCACUUUUCAGGUGGCGCCUACGACAUACGUAUGUUGACAGCACCUUUGUAGAAAGAACGAAGGAAGUUGAAGCCAGCAACUCUGAUGAUGUGGCUAGAUCAAUUUCAAGAGAGACAAUUACAAACACUACACCAUUUGGAGAAAUGAUGGAGGAUUCACUGGCUUGUAUACUGGGUUCUCCCGGAUGCAACAUGGAAAGCAACAAUCCCCCAGAAAAGACAGCUAAUGUCCUGACGCGAAGUGAUCUGCGAGCUCGCAGAAGAGGUCGCAGGCAUCAUCGGCAUGCUGAUGACUAGUUUCCUAUUGUGAAUGUUGUGUAGAAGUGCUGUGGAAUACCCUAGACCAUUACCAUUUUAUUUGGGCCUCAUGCCCCACAGUUAAUCUGCUGUGCCUGGUCAAAAUUUCUAGGCUGGACAAGAGCUGCUUUUGUAAGCUGGGCAAUCCUGUAUCGUGAUGUAUCCCAUGGCCCCUGCAUUCUUCACAAAGCAACCAAUAAGACGGUAUAGACAAGCGAAACGACGCUGGGUGGUGUGAUGUUUGCAGUUCGUGGUCCACAGGCUGCCGGAGCAUACAGCAGUUCAUUUUCAAUUCUUAUUAUCAUAUAUUAUGGAAGAAGAAAUGAACAUCUUCAGGAUUGAACAGUGUCGCGAAAUUGUAGAUGAUGGUUCCACAAUCCCAAUGGGACCGACAGACAAAGAGACAUGCUGCUUCCUGCUGUGAGUUUUGUAUUGCAGACGACACUGUUUAUGUGGAGUUUGAAUUCUGUUGUGAGUUUUGCACGGU